AUGGAGCAGGCUGGGACGGCCGGGGACAGGAAGGGAAGCAGGCCCGCCCCACCUCCCCCCAUGUCCAAAGAGACAUCAAGGAAGAAGACAAAAGGCCCGGUGGUGUGGAGACUGGAGGAGAGUGGAGAAGGCCUGCAGUGGCUCUCAGAGGCAUCCCAGCCUGCCCAAGCCUCCAGAGGGCAGGAUACUUCCCAUGAGGGCCCCGGCCUCAGCCCCAGCCCCACCUCGAGCCCCAGCCCCACCUCCAGCCCCAGCUCCACCUCCAGCCCCGGCCUCAGCCCCGGCCUCAGCCCCAGCUCCACCUCUAGCCCCAGCCCCGGCCUCAGCUCCACCUCUAGCCCCAGCCCCGGCCUCAGUCCCAGCCCCACCUCUAGCCCCAGCCCCACCUCCAGCCCCAGCUCCACCUCCAGCCCCGGCCUCAGCCUCAGCCCCAGGUCCACCUCUAGCCCCAGCCCCGGCCUCAGCCCCAGCCCCACCUCUAGCCCCAGCUCCACCUCCAGCCCCAGCCCUACCCCGGCCACCAUGGUGGUCUUUUCAUCCAGCAUGCUGCAGCAGCAUCUGCCAGUGGAGCGAGGAGCGAAGAGCAGCUGUAGCUGGCCCAGUGCUGGGGUACACACGCUGGGGCUGGAAGAGGGUCCAGAGAGCCACAGCUUUCCCCCCGUUAGCCAGGAGCCAGCGCCCAGCCAGAGAUGCCAUCUGAUACAAGUCUAUCAUAAUGAAGGUCCAGCAUGGGGCUAA